AUGACUGAUACAACGAACAAGACCGUUCCGGUCCGGACCAUGCCUCCGGCCGUUGACAACGAUGACCAUGAUCACGACCACAGCGAUGUGGAAAGCCUCAAGGCCGCAGCUCUAUUCCACAAGGCUCUUCGCAUGGGGAGAGUUGAAGAGAAGGGUAUCCAGCCUAUUCCCGUUGAAGAGCGUACGGUAACACGCUUCUACAAUAUUUUCACCAUCUGGGCGUCCAUUAAUUCCAACAUUCUCGGUCGAUACCUUGUUUCUAUUCCUGUCUUGCUCAACCUCGCCACCCUUACAGGCUUCAUGGUCAUCAUCUUUGUCGUCGGCGGCCAAUGUCUUUCUGCUGUAUCAAGCGGCCACUUGAGUCCCGACGUCGGUAUUGUCAUCAUUGGAAUCCUAUCUCUCUUUAUUUCCUUCUGCGGCUUCAAAGUCUUGCAUUACUACGAAACCUAUGCCUUCAUCCCUGCCAUCAUCGCCAUCACUAUUGCCACAGGAUGCGGCGGCUCACAGCUCUCCAAGCAAGCAACUCCCGCGACACCAGCGACAGCAUCGGCUGUUCUUAGUUUCGGCAUGAUUGUCGCCAGCUAUAUGAUCCCCUGGGCUGCUAUCGCGAGUGAUCUCACCACCUACUUUGACCCCAAGGUUCCCUCAUGGCGCGUCUUUGCCUACUCUUACCUUGGUCUCGUCACACCUACUAUUCUCCUCAUGACGCUUGGUGCUGCUAUUGCUGGGGCUUUACCUAACGUUCCUGAGUGGUCGGCCGCGUAUGGUGAGACGGCCGUGGGAGGUGUUCUUGCAGCUAUGCUCUCGAGUGCAGGUGGCUUUGGCAAAUUCGUUGUUGUGAUUCUGUCUCUUACGCUGUUGGGUAACACCGGUGGUACAAUGUACGCCAUCACACUCAACUUCCAGACUCUCAUCCCCGGUCUUAUCAAGAUCCCCCGCUACGCCUUUGCCGUGGUAGUGACUAUCAUCGUCAUCCCAACCGCUCUUCGAGCCCAGCGUGAUUUCUUCGUCAACCUCGAGAACUUUGUCGCCCUGAUUGGAUACUGGUCCGCCUCUUUUAUCGGAAUCGUCACAGUCGAGCAUCUUGUCUUUCGCAAGGGCCGCUACGAGUCCUACGACCACGCUAUCUGGAACGUUGCCUCUGAGCUGCCUCUGGGUAUUGCGGCCAUCGCUGCGGGGGUUAUCUGCUACGCUCUGGUUGUGCCGUGCAUGGCGCAGGCUUGGUGGACGGGACCUAUUGCCAAGACGACUGGCGAUAUCGGGUUUGAGAUUGCCUUUGUGAUGAGUUCGGCGUUUUAUGUGCCUUUUAGAUACCUUGAGAAGCGUCUUUCUGGAAGAUGA